AUGGAGUCUUGGAUCUUCCCAUCAUCACCCCCAAACCUGUCAGAGCCCCUCAUGUACGACAGCUUCAUGCAGGGCAACGAGUCAGACCUUCAUGGGAACUACACAGACCACAGCUUCAACAGGACCAGCACAGUGGUCAUCACCUGCAUGUACUUUCUAGUGUGCACUGUGGGCCUUUGUGGAAAUGCCCUUGUGAUCUACGUCAUCCUGCGAUAUGCAAAGAUGAAGACCGUCACCAACAUCUACAUCCUCAACCUGGCGGUGGCCGAUGUACUCUUCAUGUUGGGCUUGCCAUUCAUCGCCAUCCAAUUGGCACUGGUCCACUGGCCGUUUGGUCCGGUGCUGUGCCGGGUGGUGAUGACUGUAGACUCUCUGAACCAGUUCACAUCCAUCUUCUGCCUGACGGUCAUGAGCGUCGACCGCUACCUGGCUGUGGUGCAUCCAAUCAAGUCCACCAAGUGGCGCAAGCCUCGCGUGGCCAAGACUAUCAACGUGGCGGUGUGGGGGGUGUCACUGAUGGUUAACCUGCCCAUCGUUAUCUACAGUGGGGUGAUCACAAAACACAAUGGCUGUUUCUGCACCAUCGUGUGGCCUGAGCCUCAAGAGGCCUACUACACAGCAUUCAUGUUCUACACCUUCGUCCUGGGUUUCUUCCUGCCCCUCAUGGUCAUCUGCCUCUGCUACUUGCUCAUCAUUAUCAAGGUCAAGUCCUCAGGCAUCCGUGUGGGCUCCAGCAAGAGGAAGCGCUCAGAGAGGAAGGUGACGCGGAUGGUGUCCAUUGUGGUGGCGGUGUUUGUCUUCUGUUGGCUGCCUUUCUACGUCUUCAAUGUCACUUCGGUGACAGGCACCAUCAGCACCACUCCCAUCCUGAGGAGCACCUUUGCUUUUGUGGUGGUGCUAGGCUAUGCCAACAGUUGCGCCAACCCCAUCCUGUACGCCUUCCUGUCGGAGAACUUCAAGAAGAGCUUUCAGAAUGUACUGUGCCUGAAGAAGGUAGGAGGGCUGGAUGAGAUCGAGCGCAGCGAUAGCCGGCAGGAUAAGUCUCGCAUGAUGAAUGAUCCGACAGAAACCCAAAGCACUCUGCUCAAUGGGGACCUGCAGACCAGCAUCUGA